UUAUUGUUGCAGUAGUUUUUUUUUAUUCCCAUUGAAAUGAGUUCCUCAGCAGGCGGCUCCGAGCUAUUCUCGAGCUAUGAACAAGAUUUCACUUCAGUAACAGACUCUAUCAAGUCCAAAAUCGAACAACAACUUCCUAACCAGAAAGGAGAGGAAAGAAAGGCUAUUAUUCGUGCAGUCGAAAGAGAAAUUGAUGAAGCUGAUGAAAUUCUUGGACAAAUGGAGAUGGAAAUCUUGAAUAUUCCUACGCCUUCACGUACACGUUUGCAAGCAAAGUUAAGACUUUAUAAAUCUGAAGCAGAAAAACUCAAACGAGACUUGAGACGAAAUACGGCCAUUGUACCAAAGAAUUCUGACCGUGAUGAAUUGCUUGGCGGAUUUGGGUCAGGUAAUGAAGAUGGACAAUCUGAUUUCGAUGCUUCCACAAUGGACCAACGUCAACGUUUAUUGAGCGGAACUGAACGUUUGGGCCAGUCAAGUCGCCGCUUAGAAGAUAGUCAUCGUUUGGCUUUAGAGACUGAAGGUAUCGGCAUUAAUAUCUUGAGUACCUUGAAAGGACAGAGAGAAACCAUGGUUAGAGCCAGAGAUACCCUUGCCGAAGCUGAUUCUCACAUUGAUAAAGCAUCCAAGACGCUUAAGGGCAUGGCACGUCGUAUGGCUACCAACAAGUUGAUUACAGCUGCUAUUAUUAUUAUUUUGAUUGUCUUGAUCGGGUUGGUUAUUUGGAGCAAACUGUUUUAAUUUUUUAUUUUUAAUUUUCAUAGUUUUGGAUUCAUCUGAAAUAAAAAAAAAACUAUAUCUUUCAA